UCACUAUCCUCUUCCCUAUUGUGAGCAGACAAAGCAAAAACCAUAUAUAGAGAGACAAACUAGAAAGUAAAAAGAAAGAGAGAAAUGUUUAAAGAUGAGAGCACAGGGGGUGUAGAUGGUGGUAACAACAACAAUUGGGCGCGUGUGUGUGACACGUGCCGCUCGGCCGCGUGUACGGUGUACUGCCGUGCCGACUCAGCAUACCUGUGCACCGGCUGCGACGCCCGUAUCCACGCUGCUAACCGGGUGGCAUCGCGCCACGAGCGCGUGUGGGUGUGUGAGGCAUGUGAGCGCGCCCCGGCAGCCUUCCUGUGCAAGGCCGACGCCGCAUCGCUCUGCACUACUUGCGACGCGGACAUACACUCCGCCAACCCAUUGGCACGCCGCCACCACCGUGUUCCAAUUAUGCCCAUCCCCGGCUCACUCUAUGGCCCUCCCGCCACCGACCCAGGUCGGUCAGUGGCUGACACCGAGGAUGGGUUCUUGGCCCCAGAUGCCGAACAAACCAUAGAUGAAGAAGAUGAAGAUGAAGAAGCAGCUUCAUGGCUGUUGCUCAAUCCUGUUAAGAGCAACAAUAGCAACCAUAACAAUAAUGGGUUUUUGUUUGGUGGGGAGGUGGUUGAUGAGUAUUUAGACAUUGGUGAUUACAAUUCAUUUCAAGAAACUCAGUUCACUAACCAGUACAAUAAUCAGCAACAACAGUACAGUGUUCCUCACAAGAGCUAUGGAGGUGAUAGUGUUGUGCCAGUUCAAUCUGGAGCAUUAAAGGAUCAGCUGCUGCAGCAGCAACAACAGAUUUUCCAGUUGGGGAUGGAGUGCGAGACCCCGAAAACUGGCUAUGGUUAUCCUGUUUCAAUUAGUCACCGUGUCUCCAUUUCAUCCAUGGACGUUGGCGUUGUACCAGAAUCUACAAUGAGUGACAUCUCGAUCUUGCACUCAAGACUUCCCAAAGGGACAAUUGACCUUUUCUCAAGUUCACCCAUUCAAAUGCCCACUCAAAUUGCUCCAAUGGACAGGGAGGCCAGAGUUCUAAGGUACAGAGAGAAAAAAAAGACAAGAAAGUUUGAGAAGACAAUCAGGUAUGCCUCAAGGAAAGCCUAUGCAGAAACCAGACCCCGGAUCAAGGGCCGAUUCGCAAAGAGAACAGAUGUAGAAGUUGAAGUGGACCGGAUGUUCGCAACAACAUUAAUGGCAGAAAACGUAUAUGGCAUUGUUCCAUCAUUCUAAAUUCAGUAACAAGAGAGGAAAAAAGAGUAGGACUAUUCAUAUGAGACUUGUACCAGAUAUAAUUAACGCUAAUUAGUUUUUCAAAUAAUGAGAAAUGUGCUUAGUAGUUUUGUAGACUUGUCUUAGUUGACAAAUCUGCUUUCUUGUAAAUAUCUUUGUAUCUCAGAUUUUGAUAUCUAUUCCAUGUAAUAAUAAUUUCCUCUUUAACUUCA